CCAACAACGCUGAUCCGGUGUGUUUCAAAAAAAAAAAAACGCUGGUCCGGUAGAGCGUAUAGUUUCUCUGUAAAUCUGUACGACUAUGCGUUUGGAUGAGUUGCAGCGCCGCUAUGUCGAUUGCUUCCAUUGACGAAAUCAUUGCACACUUUCGUCUUCCUCGAGUAUAUCAAUCAGUGAACAAAUCAAUAUUUUAGUUUUGUUUUUCGUUCAAAAGGAAAAGAAAAGAAGUGUAGAGUAUAGAGACAGAAAAAAUGACUACAGGGGAGUCAAAACCCCUGGAAGGAGAGGCUCCAUCAUUGUUAUCAUCUUCGUCUUCGUUCUCUGAUAGCUGGAAGGAGCGCAUCUUCAUUCCUACUCUCGUAGCAGGGAUUGUUGGUGGAGGAGCUGGGUUGAUGUCGAGACAUAGGAAAGUUCAAGGUCUCGCAAAAAUUUCUUCUACUUAUGCUGCCAAUCUCGCCAUUGUCACCGGUUGCUAUUGCGGAGCCCGGGAAUUUGUGAGAUCAACGCGUAAAACAGGACUUGAUGAUCUACUGAACUCUGCAAUUGCGGGCUUCGGCACUGGUGCUCUGCUAGGGCGUCUUCAAGGAGGUCAACCUGGUGCUGUCCGUUACUCGAUCAUCUUUGCUAUUGUGGGGACAACAGCAGAUUUUGCAGCAUACAGAGUAAAGCCUCACCUGAGGAGUUACACUGAAUCUUUAUUUGGGAAUAACGGGAAUUCACAGAAGGAUGGAUGGUUGAAAUGGCCGGAGUGGUCUCCCAUACAAGUGCUUGAUGAGGAAGCUAUUGCUGCAAAACAAGCCCGGGAACAGGAGCUGUAUGCACAAAGGGUACUUGGCAAACUAAGCAACGAGAAAUCUUGAGAACAUCUUUUGUCGUCGAGUUCCUAUGUUUGUUAUUCAUUGUCCAGCUGAUGAAAGGGAUUCAAUAAACAAUUUUGACGAUAUUGAGUUGUUUGUCUUUAGAAGUUUCUGCUUUCAAUUGAUGAAUUUGCUGCUUGUCCUACAAGAUUACCAGUAAUCUUCUUGGAAUGGGAGAACUUUUCAGAUGUAUAAUUCAUAAAACUUCCUGGCAAUUAUUUCUGACGGUGAA